GACAAAGAGCAGGUGCUCAACAAAGUGAGAAAAAGAAAAAACAGAGUGGUUUAUCCGCCGCGCUUUGAUAACUCCGCCUUGUUUCACUUCUUCUCUCUCCAUACUUAACGGACUCCUCGAGGCCUCUUGAUUUUCCAUAAGAACACUCCCAAAAUUUCUAAUUCCCCCCAGAUAUAUAUUCUCUCUCUCUCUCUCUCUAAUUUCAAUCUCUUCCUCUUCCAAAAUGCAAUCUUCGCUCUCACUUUCCGUUUCUUCCAAUUCUUCGUCAGCCAUUCACAGAUCAAGCAAUGCCUUCCAAUCGGUCCCUUUGGCUCAUUCGAGCCAUAUAAAUCUCCGAUUUUGCGGCCUCAGAAGAGAGGCCUUGGGUUUUUAUUCUCUCAGACACUCCGACUCGAGCCGGGUUCGGCUCCUUUCCACUCGCUCUCGCUCUAAGAAGCUCGUCUUGGCCUCGUUUUCCGACAAUGGAAGCCCGAAGUCUUUCGACUACGACUUGCUCAUCAUUGGAGCUGGCGUUGGCGGUCAUGGAGCUGCGCUUCACGCCGUUGAGAAGGGUCUUAAAACUGCCAUCGUCGAGGGAGAUGUUGUGGGUGGAACUUGUGUAAACAGAGGAUGUGUGCCAUCUAAAGCUCUUCUUGCUGUGAGUGGUCGGAUGCGUGAACUUCAGAAUGAUCAUCACUUAAAGGCAUUGGGCUUGCAGGUUGCAGCAGCUGGGUAUGAUAGACAAGGGGUGGCUGAUCAUGCAAAUAAUCUUGCAUCCAAAAUUCGUAGUAAUUUGACCAAUUCAAUGAAGGCUCUUGGAGUGGACAUACUGACCGGAUUUGGAAUGAUUCUGGGUCCUCAAAAGGUGAAAGUUGGAUCUUCUGACAAAGUAAUAACUGCAAAAGAUAUAAUCAUUGCAACUGGUUCUGUUCCUUUUGUUCCCAAGGGCAUUGAAGUCGAUGGAAAGACUGUUAUUACCAGUGACCAUGCGCUCAAAUUGGAGACUGUUCCAGAUUGGAUAGCCAUUGUGGGAAGUGGUUAUAUUGGUCUUGAGUUCAGUGAUGUAUAUACUGCACUUGGAAGCGAGGUUACUUUUAUUGAAGCUCUAGAUCAGCUUAUGCCUGGAUUUGAUCCUGAGAUUGGAAAGUUAGCCCAGAGAGUUCUAAUAAAUCCACGGAAGAUUGACUAUCAUACUGGAGUUUUUGCAACCAAGAUCACUCCAGCAAAGGAUGGGAAACCAGUCACCAUAGAACUUAUUGAUGCAAAGACUAAGGAACCCAAAGAUACUUUGGAGGUUGAUGCAGCACUUAUUGCAACUGGAAGGGCUCCAUUCACGCAGGGCCUUGGCUUAGAGAAUAUCAAUGUAGCAACACAACGUGGAUUUGUUCCUGUUGAUGAGCAAAUGAGAGUGAUCGACUCAAAUGGCAAGUUGGUUCCUCACCUAUACUGCAUUGGUGAUGCAAAUGGCAAGAUGAUGCUUGCUCAUGCAGCUAGUGCUCAAGGAAUAUCAGUGGUUGAACAAGUCAGUGGAAGAGAUCAUGUGCUCAAUCACUUGAGCAUCCCUGCAGCUUGCUUUACUCAUCCUGAAAUCAGUAUGGUUGGAUUGACGGAGCCUCAAGCAAGGGAGAAAGCUGAAAAGGAGGGAUUUGAAGUAAGUAUUGCUAAAACGAGCUUCAAGGCUAACACAAAGGCUCUAGCAGAAAAUGAAGGGGAGGGACUAGCUAAGCUAAUAUACAGACCAGAUAACGGGGAGAUCCUUGGAGUUCACAUUUUUGGGUUGCAUGCUGCUGACCUCAUUCAUGAAGCAUCCAAUGCAAUAGCACUGGGAACACGUAUUCAGGACAUAAAGUUUGCAGUUCAUGCGCAUCCAACAUUGUCUGAAGUGCUAGAUGAACUUUUUAAAUCAGCAAAGGUUAAAGCUCAUACUUCUAGCCCAUUGAAUGAACCAGUUGCAGUCUAAGCUUCUCAAACACUCGUAAAAGGUAUAAAAUUUUGAAGAAAUUUGCUUUUAAUAGGGAGUCUCAAGGAACUACGCUUCUCCAGACAGAAGAGAUCAAUACAUCUACUCUGAGGAAAGAAACAGCUCAAGGGAAUUCUACAGUGUCUUGAGGACGUCGUGGCCUAAAAUAUUUUCCUUCUUAGGAUGUUUGUCUCUCAAUAUCUUGGUUUCAUUAUUUUGUCAGUGGCUUGCAGAAAUACUUACGUUCAUAAUCAAAUCUACUUGGAAACUUUUCCUCC